AAGAGUGAAUUCAUAAAUCAACAUGGUAUCAGAGCUCAAAGAUCCGUGUCUCUCCCCUUUGCUGCGUUAAUCAUCGAAGAAAAAAAAUUUCGGCACUGCCGAUUUCUUCUCCUAUGUUCAAGCCGUGCACAGCCAUGGCUCCUGUAUCCUCUGAUCCGAUGGAUCGUCUUCCUACGGGACUCAAGUUGUUUGUCCGGAAUCUUCAAUCCCUAACUCCGGUCAAGCUUGAUGACACCAAUUAUCCCUCUUGGUCGGCCACCGUCCGUGCAAAUCUCCUCGCUCAUCGUCUUCUCGGUUAUGUGGAUGGAUCUGAACCAUCACCUCCGCCUCUUAUUCUCGAUGAGAAAGCUGCGGCACCGGGGAAGGAUGAACCCCCGGUUAUGAAGCCCAAUUCUGCCUAUGAAUCAUGGCAUAUUGUUGACGCUCAGAUUCGGGCCUGUCUCCUCGCUAUUGUUUCCCCUACGGUUCAAACCCAUAUUCACGCUCUUCCCACCGCGGCUGCAAUAUGGAAUCAUCUAGAGCAACGGUACAAUUCUCUUUCACGCACUCAUAUUUUUCAGUUGAAGGAGCGUUUACAUGGUGUUAGUAAGGGGACCGAUUCCAUGCAAACAUAUUUGGACACUGUUCUCACCAUUGUGUCGUCUCUCAAGUUGGCUCAUGAGGACAUCUCUGAACAAGAUAUUAUUCUGUGUGUUCUUCGAGGUCUACCGGCUGACUAUGCCUCCCUCAAGCAAAAUAUUCGCACCAACAUCGCCACAGUCACCUUUAAUCAGGUCUCCUCUUGGUUGCUUUCUGAGGAAUUGAACUUAUCCUUUGAGAAAAAAUUAUCUCUGGGUGACUCUGGUUCUACCUCGUCUGUCGACAUUCAUAAUGCUCUUUUCACACAUUCCGGACGAGGCGCUGGACGAGGGCGUGGCCGUGGGCCACCACGAGGCCGAGGAGGGCCGUACCGUGGUGGUAACCCAGCUGGCAGGGGUGGCCGGCAACAGCCAUACCGCGACGAUGCGCGUGGCAGAGGUGGCGGACGAGGGGCAUCCGUCACUUGUCAAUUAUGUGGGAAGCCCGGUCAUGCGGUUUGGAAUUGUUGGCACCGCUACGAUGAAUCCUACACUGGUCCUCCGCAGGCGUUUUAUGCAAAUCAAUCCACUGAAUCUAGUUCGAACUGGCAUCUGGACACUGGAGCAAACACCCAUGUCACACCUGAUUUGUCUCGGCUACAUACUCUAACUCCGUACCAUGGCACCAAUUCCAUCACAACUGCAGGAAGUAACACCUAUCCCAUUGACCAUACAAGUUCAGGAUACAUACAUAGAUUUGAGGAGGUGGGGUAGAAUUAGGUCACUAACUUUUAUUAAUUAAUAUGUUUCCUACUCAUCGUGCAUCUUAAUUAACAGACCUAAUGAAUGAUGAUUUAUUCU